AUGACUCAGGACCUCAUAACAAUCAUGGAGGAAUACCGCACUUCAUAUGAGAGUGAUCCAUUCUCCCAAAUGACAAUAGACCUUGGGAAUGAUUUGCUACUUGCUAUCGCCGAGAACAACCAACAAAAGUGGUGCAAGAUGCUUGAAACCGUUGACAUGACGCACAAUAGCAAGAAAGCCUGGAAGUUCAUAAAGAGGUUGGACAGUGACCCAACGGACAGACAUCGUAAUGAGAUGGAGACCAAAUAUCAUGCGGAGGACAGCGACAGGCUCUUCGACAUCGUGGGAUAUGAUGCUCUGCACUUGGAGAAAAGAGAAAAGCUGCGUCAACUUCUAGAGGCAGAAGAAGAGGAACUGGCACAUGAACUUGAGAGGAAACAGUGUAGAGAUAGCUUUGACGUGAAGAAAGACAGAGACAGCAAGAUAAAGGAGAGAGAAGAAGAGUUGGAGAAGAUAAAAAUUAUCGAGAUUCAAAAAGCGCUAGAGAGGCAGAAAAUAGCAAACGGCAUAAAAUGGACGAGAGAAGAUGAGAUGAAGCUGCGUCACUCGCAACAGAUGCAGGUGCUGGAGAGACAGAUGACGGAGGAACAGAACCAGAUGGUGGACCGCAUGUGGCAUGACGUGCUGGUGCGUGAUGUGAGGCAGAAGGAAAUGAAAGAACAAAUAGACGCUCGUAAAAGACAUCAAGACAUGGCGGAGAGACGCAAAACGUAUGAUGAACAGAUAGCUAGCGCUAAUAGAAGAAGAAACGAACUCAUGCAAGCAGAGAGGGACAAGGAAAACAGAAGAUUGGAGAAGAUGAAGAAGAAAAUAGAACAGGAUCAUGCAGAGGCAAUACAGAAGAAAAAGGAACAGCAAAUGCAGAACAAAAUGAACUACAUAGAAGGCCACGUGAGCAGGAUGCAGCGAUUGCAACAAGAGAGGCAGAAAGAGAAAGCAAUAGAUGAACACAAUAUACGUGUAGCACUGGAAGAACUAAGGGAUGAGAGGAUCAGACAGAGAAUUCAGAUGCAAAGACUCCAGCAAGAGAAGAAAGUAUUCGUCACCAACGUGAGUAAAGAGCAACGCAAUAAGUUGGAGAUGGAGGAAGAGGCAGAUAGAGUUGCGCAGGAGUGGAAGAGAGAAGACGAGAGACGAGCUGAUGAGUUCGCCAGGAGUGUGGAGUUGGAAAGAAGGAGUGCGAAAGAGAAAGCCAAUCACGAAUACCGAAUGCACCUAGAAGAGAGGAAGAUGACGUUAGAAAGAGAAAGGAGAGAGCGAGCGCAGCAGAUGGAGAGAGUAAGAAGGACAGCAACUAAUGAACUGAAGAAGAAGCUAUCUGAUGCUCAAGAAGAGUUGCGACGGCAGACAGAGUAUAGAAACAAUUUGACCCGACAAAUUAGUGAUAAUAUGAAAGCUAUGUUUAGAUUAGACAAAGACAACCCUAAAAUGUUAAUUAAGUACCUGUUUUAUAAUAUUCAGGAAACUGAAAAAUACCAUAUCGACAGCCGAUUAGAGCCUUUCACGAAACGACCGAUAAUGUUCAAGCAAGCCGUGGAGGCCCACGUUGAUAAAUCACCCGGGAGACUCAGGUAG